AUGGUGCAUUUGGAGUAUGGGUUUGAACGAGCAAAGCAUUUGCUAAAACGGCCGUUUGUUCGCUACGUUUUUCUUGGUUUACUUUCAUUAAUAUUUGGGUUUUUAUCAUUCAAGUAUGUUUUUCUCUCAUCAGUCAAUCCAAUUGACGAACUGUAUCAGUGCGCUGUGCCUUCUAUGAUCUAUGUCCCUCCAAUGAUCAAUAAAGUGAUUGCCAUUCAAGAAAAAGAAUUUAUGGCACGCCGUAAAAGACUUGCAUCUACCCUGGUUUCUGAAAAUGUCGAUGCCUUUGUGAUGGAGCCUACUAUUUCUAUGAACUACUACGCCAAUAUCUCCUCCAAUGCUUGGUCUUUGUCAGAACGUCCUUUUCUGGGCAUCGUUUUUGCCGACGACAAAUCUUCUGAAACGACUGUGUUCUUUUUGCUUCCAAAAUUUGAGCUUCCUCGCGCAAAAGAACUGGUUGGAAAUAAAUUGACUGCAAAAUACAUUACAUGGGACGAGGAUGAAAAUCCCUAUCAAGUGUUAUACGACAUCCUUGGACCAUCUAAGUUAAUGAUCGAUGGAACGGUAAGGAACUUCAUUGCUCAAGGCUUACAAGAAAAUGGUUUUGAGGUUGUCGGCCAAUCCCAAAAUGUAUCUAGUCUUCGUGAAGUCAAGAGUGAUGCAGAAAUUGAUAUAAUGUUCCGGGUAAAUAUUGCUACCAUUUCUGUAAUUCGAUCUAUUCAGCCAUGUCUUAAGCCCGGUAUAACAGAGCUUCAUUUGGCCGAAACUAUCAAUAAACUAUUCGUUUAUGGUGGUCUUCCACCCCAAGACAGUCCAAUCGUUUUAUUUGGUGAACGGGCAGCUAUGCCCCAUGGUAUGCCUUCUGAACGCACCUUGAACAAAAAUGAAUUCGCCUUGAUUGACAUUGGAACUGAACUUUUAGGCUACCAUAGUGAUUGUACUAGAACUGUCAUUCCGAACGAUCAAAAAAUGACGAAAGAAAUGGAAAGGAUAUGGAAUACCGUCUUUGAAGCACAGACUGCCGGAAUUAACGCCCUUGGAAAUUCUAACCAUACUUCAUGUGCAAGCGUUGAUAGAAUUGCAAGAAAUGUUAUCCGUGAAGCAGGCUACGGUGAUUAUUUCAUUCACAGAUUGGGGCAUGGAUUAGGUUUGGAGGAACAUGAAAGUACUUACUUAAAUUCGGCAAAUAAUAAUACGUAUAUUCAGAAAGGCAAUAUAUUCACCGUUGAACCAGGAAUUUAUAUUCCAAAUAAGAUUGGAGUACGGAUUGAGGAUGCUAUUCUUGUCUCUGACCUUCCUGUUCUUUUAACAAACUUCAGGGCAAACAGCCCCUAUGAACCAUAA